GGAGCACUGGUAGAUGAUGGAGAACAGGCAGUACUGGUAGAUAAUGGAGAACAGGGAGCACUGGUAGAUGAUGGAGAACAGGCAGUACUGGUAGAUGAUGGAGAACAGGGAGCACUGGUAGAUGAUGGAGAACAGGCAGUACUGGUAGAUGAUGGAGAACAGGGAGCACUGGUAGAUGAUGGAGAACAGGCAGUACUGGUAGAUGAUGGAGAACAGGGAGCACUGGUAGAUGAUGGAGAACAGGCAGUACUGGUAGAUGAUAGAGAACAGACAGUACUGGUAGAUGAUGGAGAACAGGCAGUACUGGUAGAUGAUGGAGAACAGGCAGUACUGGUAGAUGAUGGAGAACAGGCAGUACUGGUAGAUGAUGGAGAACAGGCAGUACUGGUAGAUGAUGGAGAACAGGCAGUACUGGUAGAUGAUGGAGAACAGGCAGUACAGGUAGAUGAUGGAGAACAGGCAGUACUGGUAGAUGAUGGAGAACAGGCAGUACUGGUAGAUGAUGGAGAACAGGCAGUACUGGUAGAUGAUGGAGAACAGGCAGUACUGGUAGAUGAUGGAGAACAGGCAGUACUGGUAGAUGAUGGAGAACAGGCAGUACAGGUAGAUGAUGGAGAACAGGCAGUACUGGUAGAUGAUGGAGAACAGGCAGUACUGGUAGAUGAUGGAGAACAGGCAGAACUGGUAGAUGAUGGAGAACAGGCAGUACUGGUAGAUGAUGGAGAACAGGCAGUACUGGUAGAUGAUGGAGAACAGGCAGUACUGGUAGAUGAUGGAGAACAGGCAGUACUGGUAGAUGAUGGAGAACAGGCAGUACUGAUAGAUGAUGGAGAACAGGCAGUACUGGUAGAUGAUGGAGAACAGGCAGUACUGGUAGAUGAUGGAGAACAGGCAGUACUGGUAGAUGAUGGAGAACAGGCAGUACUGGUAGAUGAUGGAGAACAGGCAGUACUGGUAGAUGAUGGAGAACAGGCAGUUCUGGUAGAUGAUGGAGAACAGGCAGUACUGGUAGAUGAUGGAGAACAGGCAGUACUGGUAGAUGAUGGAGAACAGGCAGUACUGGUAGAUGAUGGAGAACAGGCAGUACUGGUAGAUGAUGGAGAACAGGCAGUACUGGUAGAUGAUGGAGAACAGGCAGUACUGGUAGAUGAUGGAGAACAGGCAGUACUGGUAGAUGAUGGAGAACAGGCAGUACUGGUAGAUGAUGGAGAACAGGCAGUACUGGUAGAUAAUGGAGAACAGGCAGUACUGGUAGAUGAUGGAGAACAGGCAGUACUGGUAGAUGAUGGAGAACAGACAGUACUGGUAGAUGAUAGAGAACAGGCAGUACUGGUAGAUGAUGGAGAACAGGCAGUACUGGUAGAUAAUGGAGAACAGGCAGUACAGGUAGAUGAUGGAGAACAGGCAGUACUGGUAGAUGAUGGAGAACAGGCAGUACUGGUAGAUGAUGGAGAACAGGCAGUACUGGUAGAUGAUGGAGAACAGGCAGUACUGGUAGAUGAUGGAGAACAGGCAGUACUGGUAGAUGAUGGAGAACAGGCAGUACUGGUAGAUAAUGGAGAACAGGCAGUACUGGUAGAUGAUGGAGAACAGGCAGUACUGGUAGAUGAUGGAGAACAGGCAGUAUGGUAG